GGGGAAGAGGCUGCUGCGCGGGUCCCGGCGAGGUGCCGACGCGCGUGGACCGCGGCACCCCGGCUCUUGGCGCUCGCGGCCCUCCGCCAUGCCCUCCUACACGGUCACCGUGGCCACCGGCAGCCAGUGGUUCGCUGGCACCGACGACUACAUCUACCUCAGCCUCGUGGGCUCCGCGGGCUGCAGCGAGAAGCACCUGCUGGACAAGCCCUUCUACAACGACUUCGAGCGCGGUGCGGUGGAUUCUUACGACGUGACAGUGGAUGAAGAACUGGGUGACAUCCAGCUGGUCAAAAUCGAGAAGCGCAAGUACUGGCUCCAUGAUGACUGGUACCUGAAGUACAUCACGCUGAAGACGCCCUGCGGGGAUUACAUCGAGUUCCCUUGCUACCGCUGGAUCACCGGCGAGGGCGAGAUUGUCCUGAGAGAUGGACGCGCAAAGUUGGCCUGCGAUGACCAAAUUCACAUUCUCAAGCAGCACAGACGUAAAGAGCUGGAAACACGGCAAAAACAGUAUCGAUGGAUGGAGUGGAACCCUGGCUUCCCCUUGAGUAUCGAUGCCAAAUACCACAAGGAUCUACCCCGAGACAUCCAGUUUGAUAGUGAGAAGGGUGUGGACUUCGUUCUGAACUACUCCAAAGCGAUGGAGAACCUGUUCAUCAACCGCUUCAUGCACAUGUUCCAGUCUUCCUGGAGCGACUUUGCCGACUUCGAGAAAAUCUUCGUCAAGAUCAGUAACACUAUUUCGGAGCGAGUCAUGAAGCACUGGCAGGAAGACCUCAUGUUUGGCUACCAGUUCCUGAAUGGCUGCAACCCAGUGAUGAUCCAGCGCUGUACGAAGCUGCCCGAGAAGUUCCCUGUGACCACGGAGAUGGUGGAGUGCAGCCUGGAGAGGAACCUCACCUUGGAGCAGGAGAUCGAGCAGGGGAACAUUUUCAUCGUGGACUUUGAGCUGCUGGAUGGCAUCGAUGCCAACAAAACGGACCCCUGCACUCUGCAGUUCCUGGCAGCGCCCAUCUGCUUGCUGUACAAGAAUCUGGCCAACAAGAUUGUCCCCAUUGCCAUCCAGCUCAACCAAGUCCCGGGGGAUGAAAACCCGAUUUUUCUGCCUUCGGAUGCAAAAUAUGACUGGCUUUUGGCCAAAAUCUGGGUGCGCUCCAGUGACUUCCACGUCCACCAGACCAUCACCCACCUUCUGCGCACACAUCUGGUGUCUGAGGUUUUUGGCAUUGCCAUGUACCGCCAGCUGCCCGCUGUGCACCCCAUUUUCAAGCUGCUGGUGGCGCACGUGCGGUUCACCAUCGCCAUCAACACCAAGGCCCGCGAGCAGCUCAUCUGCGAGUACGGCCUCUUCGACAAGGCCAACGCCACAGGGGGCGGUGGACACGUGCAGAUGGUGCAGAGGGCCAUGCAGGACCUGACCUACACCUCCCUGUGCUUCCCCGAGGCCAUCAAAGCUCGGGGAAUGGACAGCACAGAAGACAUUCCCUACUACUUCUACCGGGACGAUGGGCUCCUGGUGUGGGAGGCCAUCAAUACGUUCACGGCCGAGGUGGUAGGCAUCUACUACAAGAGUGACCAGGUGGUGGCAGAGGACCAGGAGCUGCAGGACUUUGUGAAGGACGUUUAUGUGUAUGGCAUGCGGGGCAAGAAGACCUCAGGCUUCCCCAAGUCCAUCAAGACCAGAGAGAAGCUUUCGGAGUACCUGACAGUAGUGAUCUUCACAGCCUCCGCCCAGCAUGCAGCAGUGAACUUUGGCCAGUAUGACUGGUGCUCCUGGAUCCCCAAUGCCCCCCCAACCAUGCGGGCCCCACCGCCAACAACCAAGGGCGUGGUCACCAUCGAGCAGAUCGUGGAUACGCUGCCAGACCGUGGCCGCUCCUGCUGGCACCUGGGCGCAGUGUGGGCACUAAGCCAGUUCCAAGACAACGAGCUAUUCCUGGGCAUGUACCCAGAAGAGCAUUUCAUCGAGAAGCCUGUAAAAGAGGCCAUGGCCCGAUUCCGCAAGAACCUUGCUGCCAUCGUCAGCGUGAUUGCUGAGCGCAACAAGAACAAGAAGCUGCCAUAUUACUACUUGUCCCCAGACCGGAUUCCCAAUAGCGUGGCCAUCUAAGUGGCCACCCGGGCCAGUCUCCCUUGAAGACGGCCGACUACCUGUGACCAGGCUCAGCAGCCCCACACCAGGCGGC